AUGCUAAACCUGGAAGGUCGAUCGCUACAAGUUGCCAUUUCGGUGAGUGCUGGGAGUGCAUACUUGUUGUUUGGCUAUGAUCAAGGCGUUCUGGGUGGUCUUGUAUCAUAUCCAGGUUUCUUGGCAGCUAUUGGUAAUCCUAGCUCUGGGUAUCUGGGGACCAUAGUGGCUCUUUUCAACAUCGGUUGUUUGAUGGGAUGUGUGAUUUCAGCAUUCUUUGGCAAUCGACUGGGGCGGAAAAAUGCUAUUACUCUCGGCUGCGUGAUUAUGGUCAUCGGCGGUGCAAUACAGGCCAGUACAUACAGCGCCGGCCAGCUGAUCGCGGGUCGCAUAAUUUCUGGCAUUGGCAAUGGUAUCAACACUUCGACAGUCCCCGUUUACGUAUCUGAAACCUCCCGAACCGCCGUACGUGGCAGAUCGCUCGCUAUCCAGAUGUCGAUUGUUAUUUUUGGCACAGUCUUUGCCUACUGGUUAGACUAUGGCAUGAUUCGCACUCAAAUUGGGGAGGAUCAUCCCGACGUGUGCACUGUUGUGGCUGAGAUGGAGCAAGCUCUAUCAGUCGAGCAAAAUAACAGGCAGAAAUUAUCCAUCUCAAACUUGUUGUUUGAGAAAACGGAAAUGAAGAACGCGCGCCGGUUGACAUUGUGUUUUGUCAUCCAAUUCUUCCAACAAUUCACCGGAAUCAACGUGAUAGCGUUCUACGUUACCAUCGUACUUGAAACGAAUGUGGGACUCUCGCGCGAACUGAGUAGCCUUGUAGCUGGGUUUAUUCAGAUCGCAUUCUGGGUUGGCACAUUCCCACCGAUAUUCCUCAUUGACCGACUUGGUCGCCGAAAGGUGCUGAUGUUAGGAUCAACUAUGCUUUGUCUGGCUUUGGUAUUGUUCACGGUAGGAAUUGCACUGAAGACGCCUGCAUCGUCACGACUGGCCUUGGGAAUGCUUAUUAUCUACGAAAUAUCUUUUGGGAUGAGCUGGAAUGCAGUACCCUGGUUAUAUGCGCCAGAGAUCACGCCGCUCAACAUUCGCCAUGUCGGUGCAGCCGUUGGUUGCUUUUCCGAGUGGCUAUGGACCUUUGUAAUCGCGCAGAUGACACCCCCGGCCAUUGCCAAUACAGGUUGGAAAAUUUACCUUCUUUUCUGCUUUAUGACUGCGCUCAGCAUUCCAUUCGUUUACUUCUUUAUGCCUGAGACAAGCGGAAAGACCCUCGAAGAGAUUGAUUACAUAUUUGUGAAACACAGAGGUCACUUGAAUGAGAUGAUUGAUACUCCUCAGUCCUCAUCGAAUGAGGCACCGGAAAAGUCGGAGAGGGAGUUGGCACAGAUUGAGAGAGCUUGA